AGUCAACUACCAAGGCUUUUUGGCUGAGGGGUUGGAAAGCUUACUUAUUCUCCAACUUGGAAGCUUUCAGUCGAAUCAUUUCCAUUUCGGAAAACCGUCAUCAUCAUUAUCUGUACAAUUGGAGCAACAUAAGUUUAUUCCUUUCCCAAGAAAAUGGAUCCAAGGCUGUACCGAUAUGCAAACUCCGGUGAUAUUCACUCCCUCAAGGAGAUUCUCGAUAGAGAUCCGAGCAUGCUCCUGAUGCACACUCCUCAAGGAAACACGGCUCUCCAUGUUGCUGCCAGAUCUGGAAAAACGCCAGUUUUGGCAGAGAUCUAUAGUCGAUGCAAGUCUCUUCUCACGCAGCCAAAUUCCGAGGGAGACACUCCUCUGCAUGUAGCUUCAAGGGCUGGCCAUCUUUCUGUUGUGAAGUUUCUAGUCACAGAGAUCACAUCCGUCUCUCCUUCUCAGCUAGACAUUGAAAGCGGCUUCAACCGCGGAUUCGAGAUGCUAAGAUGGGGAAACAGCAGGAACAACACAGCCCUGCAUGAAGCAAUUAGAAACGGUAACUCACAAGUGGCUAGGUUGUUGAUAAAGGCCGAUUCUCACCUUGUACUUUAUGAAAAUAGUUUGGGAGAAUCCCCAUUGUACUUGGCUGCUAGAGGGGGCAUGAAAGAGAUUGCAGAUUGGAUUUUGACAUCAUGUCCUUUAUCUGCUGAUGGCGGAUCAGAUGGCCAGACGGCUUUGCACGCUGCUGUGAGUGCGAGACAUCCUGGUAUAGUGAAAACCCUCCUAAGGUCAAAGCCAGAGCUGAUCAAAGAAGCUGACCACCAUGGCAGGACCCCUCUUUACUAUGCAGCUUUUUCUGGAUGCCACAAAUUGGUCCAGCAAUUACUGGAGCUCGAUAUCUCGAGCGCACAUUUAGUGGACAGAGAUGGUCUUUCAUCACUUCAUGCAGCCGCAAGAAAUGGUCAUGCCAAGGUUAUAAAAGAGAUUAUACGGCAAAGCCCAGAUGCUGGAGAAUUGGUAGACCUAGAGGGCCAAAACAUUCUUCAUGUUGCAGUCCUAAGCGGGAGAGCAAAUGUUGUCAGGUGCAUAUUGGAAACCAUCGAGCUCGAGGGCCUAAUAAAUCAACCUGAUCACAACGGCAAUACUCCUUUGCAUCUGACUAUCAUGGAAAGGAGAAGUUGGAUCGCGGCUUACCUAUUGUGGGAUGCAAGAGUUGAUCAAACAGCCCGGAAUGCAAAGGGGGAAACUGCCUUCGACAUAGAGGAGCUAACCAAGGAACCACGUGUUAUUCGCUCGGUCGCGUCGCUGAAUUGGCAACAACUGCGCCUCCCACAUCUUCGGAAUCGUGGUGGGGGAUUUUUCCCCUGUACAAAUGAACAAAAAGAUGGUGUCUGGAAUUCAGAACAAACCUACAAGCAAAAUUGUCAGACCUUACUGAUGGUCGCCACACUCAUCACAACCGUGACAUUUGCAGCGGCUUUCACGAUGCCCGGUGGUUAUAACAAUAACCCUGGCCCAGGCCAAGGAGUGGCCCUUCUCCGGUCGAGUGGUUAUCUCAGGCAGUUCAUCAUCUCCGACACUAUCGCAAUGACCUGCUCUAUAAUCGCCUCUUCCAUCAUACUCUGGGGUGCUGCUUUCGGCAAGAGACCUUACGUGCAUUGUUACGUGACUGCAGCUGUGCUGACAUUCAUCGCGCUGCAGUCAACUGCUAUGUCAUUCACUACGGGUCUCGUGGCUGUGUUACCUGACCAAACAUAUAUCCGCACCAUGGCUACCAUAGUUAGCGGUGUCUUCCAUGUUAACACCUGCUUGUUUCUCUUCAGACUGGCCCAGAUUUUUUCCUUCUCUGAGAUAUGCCUCUCCAUGAUUUCCCGUCUUAGAAAGCUCAAGUGUAUCAUCAAUUCCCACAUAGCAAAUAUAUAAUAUUCUCCAGCAUUGUCAUGUCGGAGAAAUUACCGACAACUUUUCCCCUAGUAGAUUUAGUGAAAGUUGCAACAAAACAUAGCUCAA